AUGGCAUGUGCUCGUGUAUUGGAUUCACUAGAAGAUGUUAAAGGAGCGGUGUGGUUAGUUGAAUGAAAUUAAAUUUUUUUUUUCAUAUAUGCAUUAUUUUUAGGGCGAUAUUAUGUUUCAAAGCGAUGGAUAACCUUUUCAAAAUCUUAAAAACUGAUCAGCGAGAAGGAUUAUGUUUCGAAAUCCGCGAUUUUCGAGUGGGUUUGAUAGCUACGGGAUUUUAUUUCAAAAAAAAAAAAAAAAAAAAAAAUUUUUUUUUUUUAAAAAGUUUUUUUUCCAAUCAUGAAAUUCCUAAAUCUAGUUAUUUUUAGGUGUUUAUUAAGGCUGGAAGAGGUGGAAUCGAAUUCUGUAAGGGUUAUCCAUCGUCCAAAAUUCCGCAAUUUUGUAUCAUUCCGCAAUUUUGUAUUAUCAACAUAACAGACGACAUUUCACCAGAAGUUGUCGUUUUGGGUUGGGUGAGUGAUUGAAAUAUGAAAUUUUGAGCGUAUAUUUCGACAUAUUUCAGAUUCCAAUGAAUCUAAGUUGGAAAAUUCGAGAAGUUAAAGUCGAUAUUAAAUGUGGAAUCGAGAAUCCUCCACGAAUCUGGUUUGACAGACUCGGCGACUUCUUUGGUAACAUCCACAUCGACUCUCAAUCCCGAAAACAUCAGCCUAAUCACUGUAAGUGUAAAAAAGUGCUUUAUUGGAAACAAAAAAAAACAAGUUCAGACAGGUUCUUGAACGGAAAUAGUAGGAAAAUUAGGAAAACGAAUGAAGAUCAAUAAGAGAGUGAGUUCAAUAAGGUAUUUAAAGGGCCUAGAAGGGUAUUUUUACCUAACAAAUUCCAGUUUGCUCUGAUCGGAGAGAAGGGUAAAAAUCAAAGAAACAGGAUUUGGUGGCGAUAUUGGAUAUUGGGAGAGAAUGUAGUGAAAGCGCUCGGACAAUCGGCCAUUUUUGUUCAAGUCAGAAGAAAAAUUCUGAAAAUCUCGAUGACACAAUCACAAAAAUUAAGGUAAAUUCAAUGGAAAAAUGCGCUUUUUAAAAAACUUUUUAUGUUUCAGACAUAUCCAAAAGUUUUCACCUACGCAUCUCGUGGAAUAA